CCUAAAAAUCUUCUUGUCGAUUGCCAAGGCAAAGUUUCAGAUUUUGGCCUUAGUGCAUUGCCCCAGCAAGUAAGUUGACAGUCUGUUGCAUCCAUGAAGGUGCUCCAGCCAUUUGUUACUCUGCAUGUCUAAUUGCUGUUUGUUCCUCUCUCCAUGUGCACGUUGUUGGACUUCUUCAAGAGGGACAUGCGGAACGCCAAAUUAUGUUGCCCCUGAGGCCCUCAUUUCUUCGCGGAGAACAUUACAAAGAACGGAUCACUGCAUGGGGCGGCUAACAUAAAACCCAUGACAUGAGCAGAUUGCAAAGCUCAACUGCCUACCUCCAUUACCCGCCGAAAAAUCCAAACGGUAUUUUGAAUUUCGUUUCCAUAAAACAACAAUGCCUUUAUCUUCUAAACCUUUGUUCUUCCAUGAAAGAGCUCCACCAAAUCCAGGCCCAAAUUCAAACCUCCGGCCUCCAUCGAGAUGGCUUUCUUGUGAGCGAAGUCCUGAGAUUCUGCGCACUCUCGCCUUCCGGGAGCUUAGAUUACGCACGCUCCCUCCUCGACGCUGCCCUCGAUCCCAUACCCGCUUCCUGGAACUUUGUCAUCAGAGGCUACGCUGGGAACGACUGCCCGAAAGAAGCCGUGGAGGUAUUCGUCGAAAUGAGGAGGAGGGGAAUGACACGCAACAAGCUCACCUUCCCCUUCCUCUUUAAGGCGUGCGCUCGGCUCUUCGAUCUUGAAGGAGGGAGGCAAGUUCAAGCGGAGAUUGUGAAGAAUGGAGUGGAUUCGGAUGUUUAUGUUCAGAACACUCUGAUACAUUUCUACGGGUCCUGUGGGCGAAUAUGUGAUGCACGCCGAGUGUUUGACGGAAUGUGUUUCCGGACUGUCGUUUCUUGGAACACGAUUAUAUCUGGGUAUGUUGAGAAUUCACAGUCGGAUGAAUCCUUAGCUGUUUUCACUCUAAUGAGAAGCUGUGGCUUCGAACCAGAUGGGACCACGAUGGUGGUUUUGCUCUCGGCUUGUGCAGAGCUUGGAAAUCUGAGCUUGGGGAAAUGGGUUCACCACCAUGUGAUAGAGAAAGGCAUGGUAAUGAAUCUUCAACUGGGUACGGCCCUGGUGAACAUGUAUGCAAAAUGUGGGGCCAUUGAUUAUGCCCGUUGUAUAUUCUAUAAAAUGCGUGAGCGGAAUGUGUGGACUUGGAGCGCAAUGAUCUUGGGUUUAGCCCAACAUGGUCAAGCAAAGGAAGCUCUUGAGCUUUUCCAGCUACUGACGCAUGAGCCGAUCAAGCCCAAUUACGUCACUUAUCUUGGGGUCCUGUGCGCCUGUAGCCAUGCUGGAUUGGUUGAUGAUGGGUACCGUUUCUUUCGGGACAUGUCGUGUGUCCGAGGCAUCCAACCCAUGAUGUCACAUUACAGUGCCAUGGUUGACAUCUUAGGCCGCAGGGGUCGUGUUGCAGAGGCUUAUAAAUUCAUUACAAGCAUGCCCGUUGAGCCUGAUGCCGUUGUGUGGAGGACAUUGCUCAGUGCAUGCAGCAUUCAUGAUGUUACUGAUAGCAGUGGCAUUGGAAAGAAAGUGAGGAAUAGGCUGCUUGAGCUAGAGCCUAAGCGGAGCGGGAACUACGUGAUGGUUGCUAACAUGUACGCAGAGGUUGGUCUGUGGGAGGAAGUGGCAAACGUUCGUAGGGUGAUGAGACAUGAACGCUUAAAGAAGAUGGCAGGAGAGAGUUGCAUCGAGGUGGUCGGGUCGGUUCAUAGAUUCGUUUGCAGGGAUGAUUCUUGCAAUGAUUUUGAGAGCAUCUAUCGCUUGAUGGAAGGAUUGAAUCUGCAGAUGAAGACUGCUGGCCUUUCUCUCCCGAGCGCAGCAGAUUGAUUUAUGUUUUAGUUUGGAAGAUGCUCUCAGAGUAGUAAGUGUUGUGAUUUUUCACUCUUGGGGCUAUGGUUCGCAAUGAGACGGGCAGUCCAACCUGACCCUGGAGGGUCGGGACUGGGACCUAAACUUGGCCCUAAGGCUGGGUCCAGGCUUGAAAUCUAGACCAGGUUUCCAUGCCAGGAUGGACCAUAGCACACCCACCAUCAUACAAAAAGAAUUACGAUUUAAAGAUACUUUUGAGCAAUUCCCAUUUACCAUACAUGUAUUUUGAAGAAGGUCAUUGGAUUUGGGUUCUGUUUCAAUGAUCAAACCUUUUAGAUGAUGAGACUCAUUGUAGAGAAUGGAUGCCCAAAAAAAUCUUAUAGAUUUGAAUAUUUCAAACAUUUAAUCAUUCAAAUCUUUUCCUAUACUCUCCGCAUAGCUUAGGCUAUGGGAACUGGGGUCAGGUUGUAUAUGUGUUAUGUUUUAAUGAUCUAGACUGUUUAUAUGAUGGCGAGUCGUUGUAAAUGAAGCCUUAAAAAAUUCUUAAAUUAUAAUUAUUUCAAAUC